AUGGCUUCCCAGGCCUCAACUGGGCUUAUUGUCGUGGAGAGCAGCGUCACAGUCGAGGAGGUUGCUCGGGACCAGAGCGCCUCAAACCGGCAUGCUCUCUUUGGAGAUGCAAGCCAACUCUACUCGGCAACUGUCUCCGCUUCCUCCCAGUUUGCCAGAAACCUAUUCUCAACCACAACCCUUCAUAACUCGAACCCAGACCUCUCAGAAACCCCAGCUCGAAACAAGAGAUGGAUCGCAAUUGCUCUGCUCCUCGCUCUGAUCAAUCUGAUCUGUACAAUUGCUGACACAAUGAUGUCAGUCAUGCUACCCGCAAUCAUGGUCGACUUGGACAUUGAAGGCUUUACGUGGGCUCUGGCCGGUCCAGCUGUCGGAUCAGCAGCGACUGUUCUCAUUGCUGGCCAGCUCUAUGGCGUUUACCGCUUUAAAUAUGUCUAUCUCUUGUUCUCAAUUCUCAUACUGACCGGCAUCCUCCUUUCCGCAAUCACACCAAGCAUGAUCUUGUUAUUCAAUGCUAGAAUCGUGCUAGGUAUUGGUAUCGCGGGCCAACACCUUGGAGUCAUGAUAUUCCUCGAUCAUGAUGGAACAUUCGCAGACAAAACACGUCGAGACUUUUUUAUCUCUGUCAGUGCUGGUAUAGGUCUUAUUCUGGGGCCAAUUUGUGGUGGUGCCUCGGCGCACAGAGACAAAGGCUGGACAGCCGUCUUCUUCGUUGCAUUUGUCAUGCUUUUGCUCCUUAUUGUGGCCUUGAUGUAUGUCCUACCGAGCCAGAUAGGUCUUCCUCCUUUGACAAGAGACUGGUCCUCGCCAGAUACUCUGCGAUCACGCUUCUCACGGAUUCUACGAAUUGAUAUCAUUGGCUGCGCCCUCAGUUCUAUUGGGAUUCUCCAAUUUCUCAUCACAUUCAACCUUGCGGGAACGCGCAUCUCUUGGUCGGACAUGUACGUGUACAUCCCUUUCACCAUCAGUGGGCUUGCCAUUUGUAUGUUUAUUGUUCAACAAGCUAUAAAAUUCUGCACUCAUCCUGGUCUGCGCGUUUUUCCCGCCACCUAUCUACGACAUUUCAAGACGACAAUCUUAUUCGGCCUUACAUUCCUUAUCUCAGGUAUUCUGAAUACAACACUUCCCUAUGUUGCACUCUACCAGAUGCUCACACGUCCAGAACCCUCAGCGCUCGGCACAGGGACCUUCUUUCUGUGCUCCUUCGGCGGUCCACAUCUUAUCCCCACAAUACUUGUCCCGGUCUACAUUGGCAGCGGCCUAGUAACUUCAUAUCCUCUACUUCCAAGCUACACCCUCUGGAGUACAGUUACAUCUACGUUCCUCAUGGCCGGAACAAUCCUACUCUUUGUCAAUGCUCCUAGUUUCUUUCCGGGUCAAGAAGGUCUCCCAAGUAUCUUGAUACAAUUUGCCCUUGCUUGCAUCGGUUGGUGGUGUGCAGUAACAUUACCUAUGGCUCACCAGAUCAUUGAUCUCCUGCAACCAAGAAAUUCUGGGAAUGAAGGGGUGCAACAUCCAUAUCACAACCGAUGCUUCAUCCUCUUCGCCUCAUAUCUAGGUUCUGCCAUCGCCUUGACGAGUACAGGAAGCAUUUUUAUGCAUCUGGGACCUCGAUGGACCCUUCAAUUACUCCAGGAUCAAUUGAAAGAUCCUUUUAUCCAUGAUGCUGUGUUAAAUCCCACCAGAGAAGAUUCGCUCAUUGCCCUACUUGGCUACGCCUUUAUCCGCAGUGGAACAUCGGCGGAACUCUUGCACGCCACCAUCGCCGCGAUUCGAAAUACCUUCUCCUGGAGUUUUGUGGUCAUUCUUGGAUUCGCAACACUUGCGUUCAUCCUCAGCGUGAUCAUGUUAAUGUACAAGAUCUGGAAAGGCUACUUUGAAUUGGAGGACGGCGUGGGUGCCGGUGUUCCAGAUGCGUGGAGACUUACCGCUGUGGCAUCACAGAGUGGAGGAACUGAGACCAGACGUGGGAAUUCGAUGGAAUUAGAGGAUAGGGACACCAAUCAAUCUACUGCAGUUGGCAAUACCGAGAGAGGAGAUUCGUAUUCUAGCACUAACGAGGACGACAGAAUUGAAGCUGUCGAUUCUGACCGCGGAAUUUCCCCAACUAACAUUACUGACAAAGAUGAAGAUCAAGGUGACACUACCGAGAGAGCACGAGUUGAAACUGACAUGAUUGGGAAUCACUCUACUGGAGAAGUCGACAUCGAACGGGGUAGAACUGACGUUGCCACUGUCUUGAGAGGUAGGGCGUUGACUAGGAGUGGACCAGCGCACGGUCUUCGACUGGCAAAUGAAAUGUCUGGCAAUGUGAUAUGGAACCCUCAAUUCACGUGGAGGUAA